AUGGAGGCCGCCGCAGACGAGCAGGUGUAAGCGAAUCGAGAUGACUCGACUGUGCAGCACACGCCAUGGUGUAGUACUACAUCUGCCAGCGCAGGGGAUGGAUCGCGCCUCCUGAGUAUCGAAGUCGAACUGCGCAACAACACCUACGGAUACGCACUUGGUCUCAACACCCAAGACGGAUACUUCGACACCAGGGGACUUUGGAUUGUAAGCAUUCGACUGUUCGACCUGGCACGAGGCUCCCGCCAGGACCGCAAUCAUCAGCUCUCCGAAUCACGCAUCUCGGAUACAGCCUUCGACACUGCAUCAUGUCGGUACCCACGCAGAGCAACGCGUACGACCCUCGAAAAUUCCAUCUUUCCAGGCGAUGAUGCCUGACUAUAGAGGCGCAGAUUAGCAUUGCUUUGCAUUCUGCUCAGAAACAGAAUUUGAGGACCGAUCAAGCUUCGUCUAGCUCUUCUUGGACAGCCGUCCCGCCCGUGCAAGGUAACUUUGAACACCGCGAGCAUGUAGUACACAGUAGGCUCGCCGCAAGAAAGCCUGGGGUACUCUAGGCUGAGAUUUCCGAGUACGAUUUAUGGAGUGCUAACCGCGCUGAGUCGGAAAGCGUCGAUGCCGUUGGGUCAGCUGCACUCACUGGACGCUUCUGGGACACCGAGUCUCCCGAUACGCGCCUCUACGACCCGCAGUGAGCCCUAGUGUCGCUUGUAGGAUAUGUACUCGUAGGAGUUUCCAUGUUCAAGUCUCCAGAGCUGACAUCUACUAGAUCUCUUGGGUUUCUCAAGCUUUCUCAGGAGAUUCAGGACCUCAUUACUUACACCCUUUCCACGAGACCGGGGCCCCUCCUGGUACCGUCAUUCUGGAUCGACGCUAUAUCAUUCCACCUGUCGAUCAGGUCAGUUCGGUCACGCGCAAACACCUUGUAUCUCCAAAACAGUCACUUCGAGAUCAUGCUGUCAGACAAGGACAUCCCGAUGCAGAGCAAGGAAGUCCAAAAAGGCAGUGAUGAGGCCAAGGCAGCCUCACGCAUCACCGUGGACGCAUUAAAGCUGGAGCGCAGAGCUGGCACUGCAUUCUGUUGA